CUCGGCUUGUACAAACGGAAUAAAUGACUAAACACUUUUUCUGCAGUUGCAGUUUUGUACUCGAGGAUUGGUCCUGCCUUUAAAAGCGCGUUGAUGCUACUCUUACCAAAUUACGAAGCUAAUAACCUGAAUUUGUAACUGUUGAGAUGGAACAAUGGAGGGAAGAAAAAAUCAAUCGACCACGAAUGAUCCGAUUGCAGUUUUGUUGGCAACAUUGUUACUCCACGGCGAAAUGAUCAUGUCGACCGCGGAGCCAAUUUUCAGACUUGUACACGAUCUCAUUCAAUAUAAUAUCGCUGGCGCGCCCGUUACGCAUCAGAAAACAGAGUGGGAUUUCGACCCGGAAAUCGGUAAACAGAGGAGGGUCAGGUACCAGCAGGAAAACGGACGUUUCGGAGAGAUUGCGAUAGCAAAGAUCGGAAUGGGUAUCGGGUACAAAGGACCAUGGGGGAAACCCGUGGAUUGAAUUGAACAAUUUUGUUGGGAUGAAUUAAAUAUUUAUGGGAUGCUACCAUUGAUCAAAUGCGAUUUCUUAAAUGUGAAAAUCCAUUCUCGAUUGCCGCCGACACUCAAAUAUACCUCAAAGUAGAAUCAAUUUCGAGAUUAAUUGUUACGCCAAGUUCGCAAUUAAACCAACAAUCCAGCAAUCCUUUUCGAACCGAAUGUAAAUAUAAAAUAUUUGUAAUAAAAGAUAAAAAAAUUAAAUAAAACGAAUUUCAAUGAUA